AUCCGACUCACUAAAAUGAUCCGAACUUCUCAUCACUACUAGAAGGCGCGUGCUCGCCUGCCCAGAUGCGGUGGAAGGAUUCAAGCUAAAAGCCUCAAAUACUUGGAUGAGGAACGCAGAGAAGAACGCAGCAGCGAACACAGAAGCUCCACAGCCCGGAACAUUCCAGAGAUCGUAUCAAGAAUAAUGCUGUAGUCGACCUCGUUACUCUACAGCACAAACAAGAGGGAGAAGAAGCAUCAUGGCCCUUUUUAAACUGGACAAUGUUGAGGAUUUAUAUGAAAUCAGGGAGGUUCUGGGCAGUGGUCAUUUUGGACAGGUGCGUGAGGUGUGUGAGCGGGCUACAACUAUCCUGUGGGCAGGGAAGUUUCUGAAGCUGCGGCGUGGCGCGGGAAGCCGCCUGGGUAUGGAGAGGGCGAGUGUGGAGAAGGAGGUGGAGAUCCUGCAGAGCCUCCAACACCAGAACAUCAUGGCACUUCAUGAUGUGUUCGAGAGCAAGGCAGAGGUGGUCCUCAUCAUAGAGCUUAUUCGAGGCGGUGAGCUGUUUGACUUCAUUGCUGAGAAGGAGAGUCUGACCGAGACGGACGCGAUCAAGUUCCUGAAGCAGAUUCUAGAGGGCGUGAACUACAUGCACAGCAAACACGUGGGCCACUUCGACUUAAAGCCUGAGAACAUCAUGUUGUCGGAUAAGCAGGUCUCCGAUCCUGAUAUUAAGAUCAUCGAUUUUGGCAUGGCCCACUGCUUUCUACAAGGAGAGGAGUAUAAGAGCAUGGGUGGCACCCCGCAGUAUAUUGCACCCGAGAUCAUCAACUACGAGCCUCUCAGUACAGCAGCAGAUAUGUGGAGUAUUGGUGUCAUCACCUACAUUCUGCUGAGUGGUCUUUCUCCGUUCCAAGGCGAGACAAACGGGGAGACGCUGAAGAACAUUGUGGAGAUGAAGUACGAGUUUGAGCCGCACUACUUCAGCCAAACCAGCUCUAUGGCUAAAGACUUUAUCCAGAAACUCCUGGUGAAAGAGCAGAGUGAGAGGAUGACUGCUGAGGAAUGCCUGACUCACCCCUGGAUUAAACCUCUCACUAGGACGCAGAUGGCGAAGAGAAAUCGUUGUUCCAUCAACAUAAAGAACUUCCGGAUGUUUAACGCUAAGAGAAAGUGGAAGAUGUCCUAUAACAUGGUGUCAGCCUGCAACCGCCUGUGCAAGCUCAAGCUGGGGUGUAAGAGCAAUGCCUUGGCAAAACAAGAGCUGAGAGACUGCGAGAGCGACCAGGAAGACACCGAGACAAAACCCACCUCCCUCUUGCGUCGCCGCCUCAGCAACAGUUCCUAAAGGAGAGACGUGAGGAUGAAUUCAUCUGCAGCACGCUGACCAAAGCAGGUGGACGUUUCUCAGUAAAGUUCCGUACCGAGAGACGUGAAGCUUUGUGGACCAAAUGAAUUCUGCAACUCGCGCACAAUGUUUCCUGCUGCAGCGGGAGAAGAUAGCAGAGUAAAAGUGGGCCAAACUUACAACCUUCUCUAAACUAAUAUGCAAUCCCCAGACAGAUACCUCUGAAAGACUAGACGCUGAUGGAAGCUUGAUGGUCAGCUGAUACAGGUUACAGCCCUUAAAACAUACAACCUUCUGAACCUUCCAUCGCCUGGUUCCUUUAGGAAACAGCAUCUUAAGUGCCAUUACAUGACUUCCGUAGCUCUAGUGAAGGUUCGACUCCUUAGAGAGAAGGAAUCAACGUCGGUGUCGACUUUUCUGAUGCCAUUUCCAUUUCCAACGCAGCAAAUGAAGGCGUUAAUAAAAACUUUAACCAGCAGGACAAAUAUAUAUUUAACACAUCAGAACAUUUGCUCUUCAUAGGUUUUACAUAGACUCUGUGUAAAUAUGUCUCAACAGCGAGAGAGCUAGCAUGCUAGUCCUACCUGAGAGAAGGCCAGCUAGUUACAGUUGUACAGUAGCUAGCUCAUUAACAAGCGUGUGUGUUUCUUUUGUAUAUAGUUUAAAGGAAAAAGUCAAUGCUGCUGAAACUGUGUACGUUUUUGCUCUCACUCCUCUCUCGAGGCUUCUUCAGCUGUUGUGGAUAGAUGAUAGACAGACAGAUAGAUAGACAGACUAACAGACAGCCAUAGAUAGAUAGAUAGAGAGCGUGGGAGAGAGAGAUAGACAGACAGACAGACAGACAGACAGACAGACAGAUAGAUAGAUAGAUAGACAGAUAGAUAGAUAGAUAGAUAGAUAGAUAGAUAGAUAGAUAGAUAGAUAGAUAGAUAGAUAGAUAGAUAGAUAGAUAGAUAGAUAGAGAUAAGUAAUAAUGAGAGAGAAGUAGUAAUGGAGCAUCAAGCUGGGAUUAGUCAAAAGGAUUUAGGAACAUUGUACUUGAUAAAAAUGCCUUCAGGAGUGGGCGGAGUCUUAAGUUGUGUGCCUUAAUUUAAUCUGACAUAAAGCAUGACUUCUGAUUUCUGGCUUUUAAAUCUUUUAAUGAUAUCAAACCCUAAACGUCAUAGGAGUCUCUCUGCCUGUCUCUCUCUCUGCCUGUCUCUCUCUCUGUCUCCCUCUUUCUCCCUUUUGCUCUCUCUCUCUGUCUCUUUCUCUCUCUGCCUGUCUCUCUCUCUCUCUCUCUCUCUGUCUCCCUCUUUCUCCCUUUCGCUCUCUCUCUCUGUCUCUCUCUCUCUCCCUUUCGCUCUCUCUCUCUGUCUCUCUGUCUCUCUCUCUCUCUCUCUCACACACACACACACAUUUAAUGGGAUGUGUUCUUGGCACCAUGCCAGCUCCAGUUAAGGAGUAUCAAACUGUGUGUUUAUGCAUUCCUAUGGUGUUAGUUAUGGAAUGCUGGAACUGGUCAUUUUUUUUUGCUGGACAUCACUGAGGUUCAUGUUUCACGCUUCUGUAUUGAAAUAGGUGCAGUUUCAGGGUCAUGAUAAACCAACAUCACUGUUUUCACUGUAUCACUAACACCAAUGGAAAUGUUGGAGAUUAAAGUGGAGAGAAUAUUUUUCUUUUAUUUUAUAUAAUGUUCAUAUACACUGUAUUGCCAAAAGUUUUUAGCCCGACCCCUGAAAAACAUCCCCACAUCAUAAUUCCCCCUCCACCAAACUUUACACUUGGCACAAUGCGGUCAGUCAAGUACCGUUCUCCUGACAACCACCAGACUCAGACUUGUCCAGAGUCCAGUGGGGGCGUGCUUUACACCACUGCAUCCGACGCUUUGCAUUGCACUUGGUGAUGUAAGGCUCGGGUUCAGCUGCUCAGCCAUGAAAACCCAUUCCAUGAAGCUCACACUGUUCUCGAGCUAAUCCAAAGGCCACAUGAAGUUUGGAGGUCUGUAGCUAUUGACUCUGCAGAAAGUUGACGACUUCUGUGCACCUCAGCAUGCGCUGACCCUACUCUGUGAUUUUACGUGGCCUAGCACUUCGUCUCUGAUCGAGUUGCUGUUGUUCCCAGUUGCUUCCACUUUGUUAUAAUACCACUAACAGUUGACCGUGGAAUAUU